UUUUCAAAAAUACCAAGAAUUGCUGCUUUACUUAUGGAUUGGGGAGAUGGCGAGUGUGUGUCGGUUUUAAUGAGGUGGCCUCCCUGUGUGUACUUCUCCCUGCUGAAGCAGUGCUGGAGCCGCGGUGCGUGACAGGUCAGUCUAUUACUGUACUUCCAGAAGCACACUCCUGCUCAGAGGUUCCCCGUCGAGGCAAAAAUGAACCUGCCGUCCAGAGAGGAGUGUGAGGGGUGGGACCACGCUCAAGUAGCCUUCUUUAUGUCCAAGAACAACUUGCAAGGAUGUGCUGCCACUGUUAUCAAACAGAAGAUAAAUGGACAGAGACUUUUGAGCCUGUCCCACAGUGACAUGAGCAAGUUUAGCCUCAUCCACCGGCCGCAGCUUCAGAAAAUUGUCCAAGACAUCAAGAAAAAUGAUGGCAGCUUCCUCAAUAAACUAAGAAGACUGAAAAGCAAACCAGUUCCAAAUGUGCCUGCGAGAGACUACAGAGAUCACAACAGGGAAGAUGAUGACGAACUGUCUGACCCUGACUAUGAUAACGACAUGUACGAGGAUCCACGUGAGGAUGACAGCUACGAGCCCCCGCCCAGCCACAGAGCCUUCGCCACAGCUUCCUCUGCUUCCUUCCCACGGGGGGAGUAUCUCGACAGCUGCCGUAACCAGCCCAGCAGGUCCCCCAGGAAGCCCCUCCGCCCGGGCAAAGCCUCCAAACAACUGCCACCUGAACCCACCCAGCAGGGGAGUGAUGAAGAAGACUACAUAAAUCCAGAUGCAAGUAAUGAUGAUGACAACUAUGUAGAACCUGCAGAGAAUCUGCCUGCCAAUAAAAUGUUGCACGGUGGCAACAGAGCUGGAAGGGACCAUCUAGAGCGUCCUCCCAGUCCUGAUUUUUAUGAAGUCCCGGACAAAGAGGAGAAUUCUUCAACUCCUUCAACAAGAGGAUUGUGUCCAAUCCCAAGACCACAGUCACAUUCUUUACCACCAAAACCAAGCCCCAGGGGGAACAUGAGGAGAUCUCCCCCACCUGUUCAGGAGCCAACAGAUGCCGAUGAAUAUGAAGUUAUCGAUCCAGAGGAGAGUUCCAGUAACAGCCUUGCACGGGGUCUUCCUCCACGUCUCCCCAAACCUUUACCCAGAGAGAGGUCACCGAAACCAACUCCAGGACCAAAGCCAGAUUUAAAACCAAGGGAAUUUGAAAGCAGAUCUCUCCCAGUGGUGCGUACUGAGCAGAAACCUCCUCUGAAGGCUUUUUCGCUGGACUUGAAACGACCACAAAUUCCUCUCCCACAGUUUACCUUACCAAAACCAGGAGAGAGAGGAAGUGUUUCAGCUGAAAAUGAGUCAAUAGACCAGCCCAAGGAUGCAGAUGUGUAUAUGAAGCCCUGGUAUGCUGCUGCAUGUGACCGAAAGACUGCAUACGACGUCUUGUUCUGCGCAAAUAAAGAUGGAGCGUUUAUGGUGAGGAAGAGCUCCGGUCAGGACGCCCAGCAGCCCUAUACAUUAGUGGUGUUUUAUAAGGGCAGAGUGUACAACAUCCCAAUCCGCUUUAUACCCAGCACUCAGCAGUACGCUCUGGGAAGCGAGAAGAAAGGAGAGGAGUAUUUCAGCAGCAUCUCCCACAUCGUUGAGAACCACCAGAGGACUCCUCUGGUGCUGAUCGACAGUCACAGCAACUCCAAGGACACCACCAAGCUGUGCUUCCCCGUCAAGCCCUAGAUGACCUUCACUGAUUGCAGACAGUCCAGUGAUUGGAGCUGUACAUCCCAAUCUGCUGGGUUUACUGUCAGAUUGCUUCUUACAAAAGUCACUGGGGCUGUUGCUCUGUCACGUACCAACUCCCUGGCUCAGCUUCGAAUGAGUUACAUUAAGAGUGAAGUUGCAGAGGUUUAAAACACACACUGUAUGGUAAUUUAAGACUGAUAGCUGUGUCAGAACAACUUUAGGAGUUGCCCAUUCAGGUGUGUAAGAGAAUAUUAGUGUGGAGAAGGUCAAGUCUUCUCAGCAUGCACUGGGGCAGAGAAAUUAGCAUAGUCAUCAUCAGAUCACAGAGAAGACAAAGGCAUUUCAGUGACCCAAACAGCACAGGUCCAAACCCCUUUUAAACCUUAAACUGCAGUUAGUCUGACAGCAGCAGCCCCACUGUCUGAGGCUGUUCGCCUCCUUCAUGCUGGACUUUUCCUGCCCUGCUGGCCAUGCAGAGCUAAAAUAGCACCGACGCAGAAGACUUUUCAACUUGUUUUAUUAAGAUGUUUUUUUAAUGCUCAGUCAGUAAACAGUGUAAUAAAAUAUAUGUGAGGAAUGAGAGAAGGAAGCACGUAGACAAAUAAGUUGUUUAUGACGGCGUAACUUUGGAGCGUGAAAGCUAAAAGGUUGUAUAUUUUGUUUUAAUAAAACUGUUUUCCUGUUUUGUA